AUGGCCGCCUACGCGCCGUACGAGUUCAUGCGCGUCACGUUCCCGGCGUCGCAUGUCGCGCACGUCGAGAUCAACCGGGCGUCGAAGCUGAAUGCGUUUUCGAGGCCGAUGUGGCUCGAGUUUGGGCGCGUGUUCCGCCAGCUCGGCGGUGAUGCCGACGUGCGGGCGGUGGUGCUGAGCGGCGCGGGGGACAGGGCCUUCACGGCCGGCCUGGACGUGACGGCUGCGAGUACCGAGGGGCCGCUCUCCGGCACGGGGGGGGAGGAUCUGGAUCCCGCGCGGAGGGCCAAGGCUUUGAGAGGCCAUAUCGAGGAGUUUCAGGAGUGCAUCUCCGACAUGGAGAGGUGUGAAAAGCCUGUCAUUUGCGCAAUGCACGGCGUUGCGCUGGGUCUCGCAGUCGAUAUUGCGUGCUGCGCCGACAUCCGCCUCGCUGCUUCAAACACCGUCCUCGCCGUCAAGGAGGUCAACAUUGGACUCGCCGCUGACGUAGGUACCCUCGCGCGCCUGCCCAAGAUUGUGGGCUCGACGUCCUGGGUCAAGGACGUGUGCUUGUCCGCCAGGGACUUUUCCGCCCGGGAGGCGCUGCAGGUCGGCUUUGUGAGCCAGGUUUUCGAGGACAAGGCGCGAACGGUGCAGGCGGCGCUGGACAUGGCGUCGCGGCUGGCGGAGAAGAGCCCCGUGGCGGUGCAGGGCACCAAAGAGCUCUUGAACCACGCGCGGGAUAACGGCACCGCGGCUGCGUUGCGGUACACGGCCGUUUGGAAUUCCGUGGCCUUGCAGGCCGGCGAUUUGCGCAGUGCGUUGACGAGCGUCUUUUCCAAGAAGAAGCCUACGUUUGAGAAGUUGUAG